AUGUAUAUCAAUUUUCUAAAUUCAGUUACCUUCUGCAUAGCAAUCCCUCUAUUUUACUUCAUUUUAUCAAUAUUCAAAACCCUAAUCACUCCUCCCACCAAUCUACCAAAAUCAUACCCUGUAUUCGGUUCCUUCUUCACAAUCUUGAGAAACAAGCACAGAUACGUGCAAUGGACGGCUGAGAUUGUUACAUCGACGCCGAACCUCACUUUCUCUCUCUACCGCACCAUCGGCAGCCCGGUGCUCAUCAUCACGGCCAACGCCGCCAACGUCCGCCACAUCCUCAAGUCCAACUUCAGCAACUACGUCAAGGGGGACUACUUCACCACCAACAUGCGCGAUUUUCUCGGCGACGGAAUCUUCAACGCCGACGGGGACACGUGGAAGCUCCAGCGCCAGGUCUCCAGCCACGAGUUCAACACCAAAUCCCUCCGCAAGUUCGUCGAGACCGCCGUCGAUUCCGAAAUCUCCGGCCGCCUCGUUCCGGUCAUGAAACUCGCCGCCGGCGAUAAAACCCACCAGCUGGACUUUCAGGACAUCCUCCAGAGAUUCGCGUUCGACAACAUCUGCAGGAUUGCGUUCGGGUACGAUCCGGCGUACCUUUCGCCGUCGCUGCCGCCGGAGGCGGAGAAAUUCGCGGUGGCGUUCCAGAAAGCGAUAGAGCUCUCCAGACAAAGGUUCGCGUCGAUCACCCCUUACUACUGGAAAAUCAAGAAGGCACUCAACUUCGGAUCGGAGAAGCAGCUGAAGAUCGCCGUUGACCAAGUCAGAGAAUUCGCCAAGGAGAUAAUCAACCGGAAAAAGAAACAGCUACUAAUACAGUCGGGACACUCCGACGAGGAUAUCCUGUCGAGAUUCUUGGUGUCGGGACACUCCGACGAAGACUUCGUGGCGGAUAUAGUGAUCAGUUUCAUCCUAGCCGGCCGGGACACAACUUCCGCCGCGCUGACGUGGUUCUUCUGGCUGCUCUCGAAAAACCCGAAAGUGGAAGCCGAGAUAUUCAUAGAGGUUAAUAAGGAUAAAUCAUCGUCGUCGGAGUUAUCUUCGGCUUACGACGAAGUGAAAGACAUGGUUUACACGCACGGAUGUCUCUGCGAGGCGAUGAGGCUUUACCCGCCGGUGCCGGUCGACACGAAAGCUGCUCUGAACGACGACGUUUGGCCUGAUGGGACGGUUGUGAAGAAAGGGAUGAGAGUUUGCUACCAUCCCUAUGCUAUGGGGAGAGUUGAGGAGGUGUGGGGUGGAGAUUGGGCGGAGUUCCGCCCUGAGCGGUGGCUGGAAAGGGAGGAGGAGGGCGGAGGUGCCGGGAAGUGGAAGUUUGUGGGGAGGGAUUCGUAUACUUAUACGGUGUUUCAGGCUGGGCCGAGGAUUUGUCUGGGGAAAGAGAUGGCUUUUAUUCAGAUGAAGAGGGUGGUUGCCGGAGUAUUGCGGCGGUUCAGGGUGGUGCCGGUGGUGGUGGAAGGGGUGGAGCCGGUUUACGUAAUGGAUUUCACUGCAAAAAUGAAGGGCGGUUUUCCGGUGAAGAUUAUCGAGAGGGAGGGAGUUUGAUCUUCAAAAUCCUCUGGGAAGAGUAUUUUUAGUUUCAUAAUAAUCAGCAGUAAAAUAAAAAGAAAUGGAGAAAUUACAGUUUUCAUCA